UAGUAAAGUAAGGUUAUGGUUAUAUUGACGUGAAAUGUCAAAUUUUUCUAUUCAUAAAUUAUGGUAAAUAAAACCAUAAAUAAAUAAAUAAAUUGGGAGAAUAUGAAUAUAAGAAAGUCUUUAUGAAAAUUUUUUUAUUAGGCAUUUACGGAAAAAUAUGCGACACAUACAAGUAUUAUAUCUACAAUGAGCUCAUUAAAUAAAAAUAUAUUCGAAAAAAGUACAGAGACAAAUGUAGUUAAUCCAUAUGCCUCGUCGGUGAACAAUCUUUCAGGAGGUUUAAUAACUUUACACAGUGUACCGAUGGUGAAUGUUGGAAAACAACUCAAAGAACUUACUUCAAAGCAAGAAUUUCUUAUUACACAAAUCCACAAUGAAAAUUUGAAACUUUCGGAAGUGCAGCAUUCCCCAGAAAUACAGGAAACAUUCAUUAAAAUAAAAGUUUAUCACAGCAAGUUACUUAAUCUUAAAAAAGAUAUGAAACUUAUUUAUGAAAGAAGUUUAAAAUUGAAGAAACGAGCUAUACGUCUGCAGAAUAUUAAAGAAAGGGAACAAAAUAAAAUCCAAAUCGAGAAAAUUAAAAAAGAUAAUUUUUAUGAGCCUGGUCCAAGUACUACUAGUAAUAAUUAAUAUGGCAAAUGUGUUUUUUAUAUCUAUAAGAAAUAAUUUCUAAUGUUAUAAGAAUUUUG